AUGGUUGGUGACUGGAAUGAUAUAGUCACUAAUGAGGAGAAAAGAGGUGGAGUGAGGAGGAGCCUUAGUAGCUUUGUGGGUUUCCAGGAGUUCAUUAUGAAUAUGGAGAUGCAGGAGGUGGCUCAAAUGGGAUCUUUCUUUACGUGGGGGAAUAAUAGAGCUGGAGAUGGAUAUGUGGAAGAGAGAUUGGACAAAAUUUAUGUGUCCGUUGAAUGGCUUACUAAAUUUCCAAAUAUGGAAGCCUUGAAUUUCUACAGAACAGCCUCAGACCAUAAUGUCAUUCUUUUUUACACUGAUAAGGAGCUGGGCAAAAGACACAAAAGAUUCCAGUUUAGCAGCUCUUGGGCUGGGAUGGAGGGGUACAUGAGGCAGUGA